AUGAUUCAGCGAUGUACAGGCUCGUCGGGCUACUCCCGACACGCUCGGGCGACAGAAGAGGCGUGGCGCUCCACACAGAAGCUUGGCAGUCUACUCGGCGACUCAGAAGAUCUGACACGACGCAAAAUACUCGCAGCAGGCGCGCUACGUCGGCUCUGGACAAUAUGGAUCCGGCCCCAGUACGUCAGUGACGCCACCAGAGUCCGGCUGUAUAACUGCUAUGUGCUUCCUGUUCUGCUGUACAACAGCGGAACGUGGGCACUGACGCCGUCCGAGCUGAGCGGGCUCGAAAGCUUCCACCGCCGACAACUACGUAGCGAACGCCCGCUCCGCCACAGAAUCACAGCAGCACGAUGGCGUCUGUUCGGCCACAUCCUGCGCCGGCCCGAAAUCCCAGCGUACACCCAGAUGGUCGCCUACUUCGACUCGUCGUCCAAGGGAACCUGGCGUGGACGCCCACGCACGACCCUACCGACUGUGCUCGAUGCGGACCUUAUCUCGAGCGGAUACGCCUAUCGCCUCGAGACCCGCCGUGACCUGGACCAACUUCGGCUGCUUGCACAAGAGAAACCUAAAUGGAAAGCCCUCGAGAGGGCAAUUGUCGCCACACUGCCGGCGAAGAAGGACCCGACGUAUGCGGACACCACCUUAUGCCGUCGACUAGCAAAGCUGAGCCUAGCUGUGGCAACGCGAAAACGUAAUACAUUACACUACAUUACAAUCAACAUCAAAUCGCCCUAA